AUGCCAGCAAUUAAUCUUCUCUGUUGCAGUAUUACGAGAUGUCGUACGGCCUAAACGUGGAGAUGCACAAACAGGCGGAAAUAUCGAAGAGACUGAACGCCAUCAUCGGACAGAUCCUGCCCUUUCUAUCUCAGGAGCAUCAACAGCAAGUCGCAACUGCUGUUGAUAGGGCGAAACAGGUCACGAUGACGGAGCUGAACUCCAUAAUUGGGCAACAAAGGCCCGACAUAUCGAGACUGCUGCAGCAAAUGCACGCUCAACAACUGCCACCGGGGACGGCGAUCGGUGCUCAUCCAGGGCUACCCGGACUUCCGGGACUAGGACCAGCUGCUGGACUUCCGGUGCCAACUUCCGCCUCCGCGGCACUUCUUGGCCUUGGCUUAACGCCGGGCGCCGCCACAGCACCGGGAACAACAGCCGCUCAUCCAUUGUCGAUGUUGAGUAAACCGGAAUUGCAUCGCGGUCAACCCGACGAUUUGAAAAGCAACGGCGGUCUCAGCUCUACCGAGGAGAGACACAGAAGCUCGAUAUCGCCCGGUGAUAAAUACAGUCGUCCACGUACACCGCAGGAGACGCACCAUUCCCAUCAUUCUCAGAAUCACCAUGACCAUCCCAUGCACAUCAAAAAGAUGAAGAAGGAGCAGGACAAGGACAUUGGUCACAGUGACGGCGAGAAGAGCGAUCAGGAUCUGGUGGUGGACGACGCCAGCGAAGGUCCGACGAGUCCGGUUGUGAACGGGACGACGUCGCCGCGAGAGAAUGGCCUGGACAAAGUGGCACCUAUCGGCACCGGCGUGCAGACGAAGAAAGACGUGCCACCGCACUCGCCUCGAAGCGGGACCAGCAGCAACGCGAGCACACCGUCGGCCAAGAAGAUGGAGGAACGAGAAAAGCCAACGACACCGAUCUCAAAGCCUCUGACACCAACCUCGGGCUCGGCGAUCAGCGGCGGCUUGAAGCCAUCCGGCUCGGCGAAGCUACUUCAGGGACCGCCGCCUCCCGGCGUACCGAGCGCAUAUCCGCCGCACUACGCUCCCGGGCCGCCGCCUCACCAUCUGGCACCACCCGGCCAGCAUCCUCACGUCGACAUGAUGGGAUAUAACGGCUACGUGGCGCCUAGAGCACCACCUUCGCUGCAACAGCUCUACGAUCCCCAUGUGGCCAUGAGAGCACCGAUGGGAUCGGUCGGAGUGCCCGGAGGCAAACCCGCGUACAGCUUCCACGUGUCGAGCGAGGGCCAGAUGCAGCCGGUGCCCUUCCCACCGGAUGCGCUCAGCGGACAAGGGAUACCGCGUCAUGCGCGGCAAAUUAAUACCCUCAGCCACGGGGAGGUCGUGUGCGCUGUCACGAUCUCCAAUCCGACCAAAUAUGUGUACACCGGCGGCAAGGGAUGCGUCAAGGUCUGGGACAUUGGUCAAGCAGGCACAGGAAGCACCAAGUCCGUCUCCCAGCUCGACUGUCUGCAACCUGACAACUAUAUCAGGUCAGUGAAACUGCUACCGGAUGGCAGAACGCUGAUAGUCGGUGGUGAAGCUAGCCGGCUGAGUAUCUGGGAUCUGGCGAGUCCGACGCCGAGGAUCAAGGCCGAAUUAAUCUCCGCCGCCCCCGCCUGUUACGCUCUGGCGAUCUCGCCGGACUCGAAGGUCUGCUUCAGCUGCUGCAGCGACGGCAGCAUCGCCGUCUGGGAUCUUCAGAAUCAGUCUCUGGUGAGACAGUUCCAAGGUCACACGGACGGGGCAUCCUGCAUCGACAUAUCCGCCGACGGCUCGAAACUGUGGACCGGCGGAUUGGACAACACGGUGCGCUCGUGGGAUCUACGCGAGGGCAGACAGCUGAAGCAACACGACUUCACAUCGCAGAUAUUCUCUCUCGGCUACUGUCCCACGGGGGAAUGGCUGGCCGUCGGCAUGGAGAACUCGAACGUCGAGGUGUUGCACGCCUCAAAUCCGGACAAAUAUCAGCUCCACUUGCACGAGUCUUGCGUGUUGUCGUUGAGAUUCGCGUCCUGCGGCAAGUGGUUCGUCUCCACCGGCAAGGACAACCUGCUGAACGCGUGGCGCACGCCUUACGGAGCGUCCAUAUUCCAAUCGAAGGAAUCGUCAUCGGUGCUCAGCUGCGAUAUAUCGGCCGACGACAGGUACAUCGUUACCGGUUCAGGCGACAAGAAGGCGACAGUCUACGAGGUUAUGUAUUGAACGACGAAAACCGCAAACGACCGACGAGAAAACCGCAAACGGACAUAUUCAUCCGGCGAGUCGGAGGGCUCUUUUCUCCAGCGUGGGUGUACAUAAUUCUUAUUACGAUAUUACGAGAGACGUUUGUUGCCGUUGUUCUUGUUAUUGUUGUUGUUGUUGUUACUCUUUGUGAAGAAAAGGGUCCGUGCAAGAGGAAGGAGAAAACGAGCCGAACGAAGCCGGCGAAGCGACAGAGACACGCGUGCAAAGUGAUUUUUUUUUUUUUUAGAAAUUGUGAUCACCGAAUCGCGGUUGAAUCGUAGCGUUCGAACGGUUUAUAGGAAUGUGUGUGAAUCGACUGCCACGGCUUUCGACGUUUCGCGAGAGAAAAAAAUGCUUACCGAAGGUCACGUGACUGAAAAUUCAUGACAAGAGGACGAAGAGGAGGAUUCGUUUCGCUACCGCGGCGAAUCGUCGUUUUCACGGUGGAGAUUUCGCGAAAGAAAGGAGCACGUAUUUUUUUUUUUUUCCUUUUUUAAGCAGCUGACACGUGAAAUCAAACAGUUCGUUCCGCUCGUUGCGCGUACAGCCAGCAUUUUGUACGGCAAAAUGGCGCGUACGAUUAAAAACAAACGCUGGCAUUCACGUCGCGUUUUCGCCCCCUCCCCUGUACAUUUUGUAUAUACGUCCAUAUAUAUAUAUUAUAUAUGCAUAUAUUUUACAUAUAUGUGUAUGUAUAUGUAUAUAUACUAUAUAUACACACGUCAAUCUUUAAGUAUACUAUGAUAUUUUUCUACGUCCCCUAAAAGUGAGACGGAAAGCGAGUAACAGAAAACGGUUAAAAACAAAAAAAAAAAAAAAAAAAAAAAAAGAGGAGGAACGCGUACAUACACAUACACGAUCAUACAGAGAUACAUAAACACACGAGAAACUGAAAAAAAAAUUUGUAAAUAUUGUCUGGCUUAGAGAAUAAUAACAGAAUCGUGACGAGAGACGAUUAAAUAAAAAGUGAUACUCGAUAACGAA